AGGGGAAGGAGUGGGGUUUAAAUUAUAUAUUUCCAAAGCAGAGCGAAAGCGAGAGGCGUCGGUGACCCAGGUGUCGCAGCUUCCUGCUGCACGAGGCUCGGCGUCCAGGUCCCUCCCUCCUCACGCCCCCUCCCCUGGCUCUCCCCUCCCCUUUGGAGCGGUGCGGCGCUUAAGAGGCGGCUGCGGCGGAUCGGGCGACCGCUGCAGCCCCGGCGGCUGCGGAGGAAGAGGGAGGGGAGCACAAAGCCGGCUGCGCGCUGCGAGGUAACAAGGAGAAUCCACAGACUUUAAACAUGAGUUCAGAUGUCAGCCAAGGCGUGAUCACUACUCCUCCUCCUCCCAGCGUUCCUCACAAAGAGAGAUAUUUUGACCGUAUCAAUGAAAAUGACCCAGAGUACAUUCGGGAGAGGAACAUGUCUCCCGAUCUACGACAAGACUUCAAUAUGAUGGAGCAGAGGAAACGCGUUACUCAGAUCCUUCAAAGUCCUGCCUUUCGGGAAGAUCUGGAAUGCCUUAUUCAAGAACAGAUGAAGAAAGGCCACAACCCAACUGGAUUACUGGCAUUACAGCAGAUUGCAGAUUACAUCAUGACCAAUUCUCUCUCUGGCUUUUCUUCACCUCCUCUCAGUCUUGGCAUGGUCACACCUAUCAAUGAUCUUCCUGGUGCAGAUACAUCCUCCUAUGUGAAGGGAGAGAAACUGACUCGUUGUAAACUUGCCAGCCUGUAUAGACUUGCAGAUUUGUUUGGAUGGGCACACCUGGCAAAUACCUAUAUUUCUGUAAGAAUAAGUAAGGAACAAGACCACAUUAUAAUAAUUCCCAGAGGCCUAUCUUUUUCUGAAGCCACAGCCUCCAAUUUGGUGAAAGUGAAUAUAAUUGGAGAAGUGGUUGACCAGGGAAGUACUAAUUUGAAAAUUGACCAUCCAGGAUUCAGCCCCCAUGCUGCAAUCUAUUCAACACGUCCUGAUGUGAAGUGUGUGAUACACAUCCAUACUCUUGCAACAGCAGCUGUAUCCUCCAUGAAGUGUGGGAUCCUUCCAAUUUCUCAAGAGUCCCUUAUCCUGGGAGAUGUUGCCUAUUAUGACUACCAAGGGUCACUUGAUGAUCAAGAGGAGAGAAUUCAACUGCAGAAAGUUCUGGGACCAAGUUGUAAGGUGCUGGUACUCAGAAAUCAUGGUGUGGUAGCACUUGGAGAAACAGUUGAAGAAGCUUUUCAUUAUAUUUUUAAUGUACAGAUAGCCUGUGAAAUUCAGGUGCGGGCAUUAGCCGGGGCAGGUGGAGUAGACAAUCUCCUUGUACUGGAUCUUCAGAAGUACAAACCUUUCACUUACACUGUAGCAGCAUCUGGAGGAGGUGGUGUGAAUAUGGGUUCCCAUCAAAAGUGGAAGGUUGGCGAGGUGGAGUUUGAGGGGCUGAUGAGGACUCUGGACAACUUGGGGUACAGAACAGGCUAUGCUUACAGACACCCUCUCGUUCGAGAAAAGCCUAGGCACAAGAGUGAUGUGGAGAUCCCAGCAACUGUGACUGCUUUCUCCUUUGAAGACGAUACAGUGCCACUCUCUCCUCUCAAAUACAUGGCGCAGAGACAGCAGCGUGAGAAAACAAGAUGGCUGAACUCACCAAAUACUUACAUGAAAGUCAAUGUGCCUGAGGAGUCUCGGAAUGGGGAGACCAGUCCCAGGACCAAAAUCACAUGGAUGAAAGCAGAGGACUCCUCUAAAGUUAGUAGUGGAACUCCUAUCAAAAUCGAAGAUCCAAACCAGUUUGUUCCUUUAAACACAAACCCAAAUGAAGUACUAGAAAAGAGAAAUAAGAUCAGAGAACAAAACCGAUAUGACUUGAAAACAGCAGGACCACAGUCUCAGUUGCUUGCUGGAAUUGUUGUGGAUAAGCCUCCUUCUACCAUGCAGUUUGAAGAUGAUGAUCAAGGCCCACCAGCUCCUCCUAACCCAUUCAGUCAUCUCACAGAAGGAGAACUUGAAGAGUAUAAGAAGACAGUAGAACGUAAACAACAAGGCCUGGAAGAUGCUGAGCAGGACUUACUCUCAGAUGACGCUUCAUCUGUUUCACAAAUUCAGUCUCAAACUCAAUCACCGCAAAAUGUCCCUGAAAAAUUAGAAGAAAACCAUGAGCUAUUUUCCAAGAGCUUCAUGUCCAUGGAAGUGCCGGUCAUGGUGGUAAAUGGCAAGGAUGACGUGCAUGAAGUUGAAGACGAGCUUGCUCAGCAAGUGAGCAGAUUAACUACAAGCACGACUAUAGAAAACAUCGAAAUUACCAUUAAGUCUCCAGAAAAAAUUGAAGAAGUCCUCUCACCUGAUGGCUCACCUUCAAAGUCACCAUCCAAGAAAAAGAAGAAAUUCCGCACUCCUUCUUUUCUGAAAAAGAACAAAAAAAAGGAAAAAAUCGAAGCCUGAGUGGAGUUUUUCUAUAAUUAUUAUUAUUAUUACAAUGUGACAUUGCACAUUUAAAUACCACGUUUAAGUUGAUCAUUAAUAUGCAGUGGUAGAUCAGACUGGGGGUAUGUAGCAAACUGGACUUAAUGAACUGGAAAAAGAUUUUACUUAAAGAAAAACAUGACAAUAGUUUUCAAAUUCAUCUCAUUUUAUAUGUCCAAAAUGGCCUUGAAUUUUUAAACAAUUGCUAGUUUUAAUUAGAUCUGCCCUUAUGAAGUAUUAUCAGUUCAUCACAGAUAUCUGUCUGAAUUACUUCAGGCUUUCUCUAUAGUAUCUGUCAGAAGGAAAUUGCCAGUGAACAAAUGAGAAUUUUUCUUUCUCAACACCUGAUCACUUGGCAUUCAGGUUAUAAUUUUUUUAUCAGGAUUGUUGACUAUGUCUUUUGGGUUCCCAUUGUUUCAAUGGGCAUUAACAGAAUGUUUUAAAAGCUUGUAAGACAAGAAUCUAUAUAGCAUUAGUAUACACUGGCACAUAAUUUCUUUUUAAGGUUUUAAGAAAAGGUUCAUUUGGAAUUUUAUUCAUAGUAUAAAAUUUCCUCACCUGAAGUAACUUUGUUUGCCAAAAAAAAAGUCAUUUUAGUAAACUAAUUUUUGAGAACUUCCUUUUGUAUUAGUUUAGAAAGCCCCUUAUUUUUCAACAAAGGGGAUUUUGUACACAUAACAUGGAUUAUUUAGUUUAACUCUGGCAAAAACAAUUUUUAUAUGUUGAAAUGUUUGUAUACCAUUCAGUAUAAAAGUGUCAUAAGCAUAUUAGCCAAUCAUUUAACAGUAGAGCAUAUUUGAGGCUGCUUGGUACUGAGCAUACUUAAAUAUAAUUCAAGAAUCCAGGGACUUGUAUCAGAAGGGGAUUAGAGCAUAUAAAGAUAUAUCUAGAUUCUUAUUUGAACCUUAUAAUGUAUUUUUCUGUUAGUAUUGCUAAUGAACAAAGAAAAUCUCAUAUGAUAGCCAAAUGAAAAGAGUGAAAGGGAAAGUGAAAAAUUAAGGGAACAAACGAUGGGACACGGGAAAACUGUUAGCUUGAUAAUGACUCACAUUUCUGCUAGGACGUAGAGUGUGAUUUGUUGGAAACAUGUCUCAAAUUUCUGAAAUUCUGCUGUUCUGCCAAAAUCAAUGUCUUUCUGGGUUACUAUUUGUGUUGUAAAAAGGUCAGAGCCUUGUAACUUGUGUAUCCCUAGAGGGAAGCACUAGAAGAAGUCUAAUCCCACCAGUUAGAAAACUACCACUAGUUGAUUUUUUUAAGAAAUUUUUAGUCUUUUGGUUAAUUUACUUCUUAAUGUAAAUACAAACUUAAACCUAAGCUUAAUAUAGUUUUGCCCCCCUCACCCAAGUGAUGUCACAAAUCAAUGUGAAAUCAGUGAUCCAAAAUGGUCAGUGGGUAAAAAUAACCCAAAGCGUUUUUGGAGGGUGAGUUGGCACGCAGAGGAUUACAUUGAUUGCAGUGCGUGCUGGGGCUGGUUCUGUCCGACUGUGUGUGUACAGUGACGCAGAGUUCAGAUGGAGCCUGGAAAUGUCUUUCUGGAUCUCACUAACUACUGGAUCAGUGUUUUGUUCUCUUAGUGGAAACUUUCAGUUGCUUAACUCUGUAUUUGAGCAAUUUUUUUUUAAUGUUCUACAUCAUUUAUGUUGUAUUACAAUGUAUGUAGAAACAGUAACCUGUGAACUAUGCUUUUCCAUAACUUUUUAAAUAUAUAUAUAUAUCUAAAUGAAUGCCAUGUGCAUAAAUAUUUUUUAAACACAACAGUAAAACUAUUGCACCUUUCGCUGAUGCCUCUAUUUACUGCUUUGGCAUAAUGAAUGAGCCAAUAAACCUGUGUCCUGUGGAGAAAUGUAUAAAUGUUAUCUGAUAUUGCUCUUAGAUGUAAUGCUAAUUAAUGUUAAAUCACAAAUAAACAGUAUUUUAAAU